ACUGUAAUAUACUGUAAACUUGGGGGUCCUUAAGCAAAAGUAUAGACAUAAUCCUACAUGGGAUUUUGGAUUUGAAGAAAUGACAAAGGAAUUUGUAGACAAAAAAUCAUUGAGGUGUACGUGUCACAAGUGUAGUGGCUAGAAUAGAACGCGAUCAUACAUGUCAAGAUAUGGCACAUUGAUUGGCUGAUAGCAUAUCCAGAGUGAGAUAAGGCGCUUCCUACAUCACAUGCUCACUCACUCAAAAACUUAUACUCUGAUCCUACUUUUCCUUACUUUCGCCUGAGGAUUUCGAUUUCAACACACUAGAAAAACAGUUUUGAGGAAUGGCUCAAGCGAUGGCUUCAAUGGCUGGCUUACGCGGCUCUUCCCAGGCGGUCCUCGAAGGCAGCCUUCAAUCCAACCGCUUGAUCAGUGGCAACACCAGCAGGACCCCCGCGGCGAGAAUCGGAUUCAACAUCCGCGCGCAUCAACAGAGCUCAGCCGAGACCGAGACUAGCCGCCGAGCCAUGUUGGGGCUUGUUGCCGCUGGGAUUGUCUCCGGCUCCUUCGUCCAAGCCGUGCUCGCCGAAGCCAAGCCCAUCAAGGUCGGACCACCCCCACCGCCUUCCGGUGGUCUGCCUGGAACUUUGAACUCGGACCAAGCAAGAGAUUUUGAUUUGCCCUUGAAGAACAGGUUUUACAUUCAGCCAUUGGCACCAGCAGAGGCAGCAGUAAGAGCUAAGGAGUCUGCGAAAGAAAUCGUUGGUGUGAAGUCGUUCAUCGACAAGAAGGCGUGGCCAUACGUGCAGAACGACCUUCGUUCAAAAGCAGAGUAUCUCCGUUAUGACCUCAACACCAUAAUUUCCUCCAAGCCCAAGGAAGAGAAGAAAUCUCUCAAAGAGCUCACUGGGAAGCUCUUCCAGGAUAUCAGCAACCUGGACCAUGCUGCAAAGAUCAAGAGCACCCCCGAAGCCGAGAAGUACUAUGCCAUAGCUGUAUCUACACUCAAUGACGUUCUCGCCAAGCUCGGUUAGAACCUACUGUGUCUCUGUACAAUGUUGUAAGCAUUUGUUUUUAGUCAAUGGGAAUGGGAUGCUACUAUAAUGAAUUCUCAAUUCAACCA